AUCGGUCUUGUGAAUAUUGAUGUACUUUGAGGCUUCCAUAGUUAGUAAAAUUUUUGCCGAAACCUGCAAGUAUUUGCUCUUCAGAAUAUCUAUUCCUGCGAGAACAAUGGAAUCGUUCGGUGUUGUUGUGGUCGGUAUUGGAAUGGCUGGGCAAGUACGUAUUAGAGAUUUACGGAACCUGCCUGCAGACAAACCAAAUUUACAAUGUUUGAAGCUUAUCGGAUACGUAUCUCGACGUGAGCUUGACCUAGAUUUGUUGUCUUUGACCUUACCAGAGGCCUUGAAUCGAUCUGAUGUUCAUGUUAUUAUAAUUUGUACUGAAGCAGAGGCACAUGAAGAGACAAUUAGGAAAUCAUUGGAGGCUGGGAAGCAUGUAUUGGUAGAAUAUCCAAUUGUUAUGAAUGUUACAGCGGCAAAAGAACUCUAUCAGAUGGCUUCUAGUAAAGGUGUAGUUCUUCAUGAAGAAAAUAUUGGAUUGCUUUCCCUUGCUUUACUUGAGCUGAAAAAAGAUAUAGAAAAUAAACCACCUCUGCAGGAAGUACAGCUUGCCCACCAUGUUUCAUUGGGGAGAUUGAGUGAAAAUAUGACCAAAGAGAAGACACCUUUUAUUGCACACCAGAGCAUCAUAAAAGCAGCCAUAUUUUUGUUUGGGAAUUUAACUUCUGUUGGUGGGCAACUUACAGAGAAGGAUGAUUGUUUUGAAGCCAUUGCUGACCUAAGAACAUCAGAAGACAAGAAAGUUCAGGUGAAACUGUUCUUGUUUAAAGAAAAAGGUAUUUGGAAGAAAGAAUACUUCCUGAAGUUUAAAGAUGGGAGUGUUAUUGAUAAACUUCCACCAGAACUUGUAAGGAAAACCAGAUCUGGACUCGGAAUGUUUAUGGAAGAUCUCCUUCACUUUUCUGAAAAAUUACUUGGAGUAAGAGAUGUCCAUGACACAGAAGAAUUGACUAUAAAAACUAUUGACCUUAUUGAAAAGAUUCAUAGUUAUUUUUAAUGCAAAUUUUCGAAUUUAUAUUCCUCUGGAAAUUGUAGGCUUAACUCUUUAGCAUUCAGAUUACUCUGUCAUCAUGCAUUAUUUCAUAGGUUUUGAUGAUGUGAUUGUUUAUUUUUAGAAUGACAUUUUUGGGUAGGUGCGAGAGGCCAGAUCUGUCUGGUCUGAACAUAAAACAGGUAGAAUAUUUUGGCCAGAUAUGGCUGGUUUAAAUACUAAAGGGUUAAGAAUUUCUAGAAAGGACUCACUGGGAGCUAUAUUAGCAGGGUUGAUG